AUGGAACAUCCCUUUCUGGUGUUUGUGCCGUGCUCAUGGAUUAUCCACGCUAUACCUGCCAUCGACCGUCUCCCCGAGAGCUCCCCGCGCCCCAACGGCGUCAAUCAACCGUCAUACGUCUCGAACCUCCUGGGGAGUGACUUGGGAUUGGGGACGGAGGAUAAAGAGGCCAUUAAGUGGACAGCAGUUAGCCUCUAUGCCGCAGGAUCGGAUAGCACAGUUGCCAUCCUGAUGAGCCUUAUUCUCGCUCUGGCGAUGUUUCCUGAAGUCCAGGUGCGAGCACAGGAAGAGAUUGACCGCGCCAUCGGCAAAGACGCAUCUCAACUUCCCACAUUCUCCGACAGGAAGCAUAUGCCGUACAAUGACGGCAUCAUGAAGGAGGAAUAG